AUGACUGGACGCGGCAAGGGCGGAAAGGGUCUCGGAAAGGGCGGUGCCAAGCGCCACCGAAAGAUUCUUCGCGACAACAUCCAGGGUAUCACCAAGCCCGCCAUCCGACGUCUCGCUCGCCGUGGUGGUGUCAAGCGUAUCUCAGCCAUGAUCUACGAAGAGACCCGUGGUGUCCUCAAGUCCUUCCUCGAGGGUGUCAUCCGUGACGCUGUUACGUACACCGAGCACGCCAAGCGCAAGACUGUCACUUCGCUGGACGUGGUCUACGCCCUGAAGCGACAGGGCCGCACCCUGUACGGUUUCGGUGGUUAA